CCAGAAUGAAUUAUCAUCAUUAUUCGCAGAUCAGGAGAUAGUAGAUACACUAUAUUUUCUAUUUAGUGUACGCAAGACAUUCGUGUUAUAUUAAAUAAAAAACAUGCUGUUUUAUGUACGUAGUAUAUUCGGCAUUGCAAUAUUUGGAUUACUCUCGGCUGGAGAAUCUAAACUUCCUGUAAUAACCUGCAAACGAGAUUCAAUUGAUUAUUCUGCCUGCUUAAAACACGCUAUAGAAGAAGUAUGGCCACGAUUUGUGAAAGGACUUCCAGAAUUUGAAUUUUCAUCUUUGGAUCCAUUAUUUUACAAAUACGGCAAAGCUGUUAUUAAUUCAGACAUCGUACAUGCAGAAGUUAUUAUGUCAAAUGUUACUGCUAAUGGUUUAUCAAAGACUCAUUUUAGUGGAGUCAGAGCGCACUUUCUUGACGACGUUUUUCGAUUAGAAAUCGACACACAAGUACCGAAACUAUUUAUAAAAGGAGCAAUAAACAUGGCUGGUUCUAUAGGUGUAUUCAGAACUUUUGGUAAAGGUACGAUAAUAAACUAU